UAAAAAACGGUUUUAUAUCUUUUAUAAAUAAUUGAAAUUGUGUCUUGUUUAUAUUAAUGCAUUGAGUGCCAUGCGAAUUUAUAAGAUAAUCGUCGUCAGGCCACUUGCACUACUUAGAAGUGUGUUGAUAGUGUGAUAUAGCCAUUAUUUAUUAUUGUAGCAGAUAAUACUUACGUUUAGAACAAAAUGCUUAUAGACAUUAGUCCAACAUUUUAAGCGCCAAGUCUGUUUUAUCUUGUUUAUCGUUCGGUCCGCUAGAUGAGAUUUCAUUGAAAUUGCCUUAUGGCCGGGGAUCUGUUUAGGUUAGGACAAAGCAAUACAAACAUUUUUAUUCUGUUCUUUGUGAUUCUUGGUUCAGUGUAAACAAAAAUCUUUAGCCUUGAACGUAAAAAUGUCAGAAGAAGAGUAUGAAAGCGAUAAUAGUGAAAUUAAUUAUUCUAAAAAACGUAAAAUGUUUUCGUCGACGGAUGAAGAGAAAGAAACGUUUACAAUGUGGCAUGAACCGAUAGCUAAGCAACCAAAUUUAAUGUCUUUUACCAGUCCUUCUGGGUUUAUAAUUGAAAAUUUAAAUAUAAGUUCAAACGUAGCAAUAGAAACUUGCUAUGAACAAUUUGUGCCAGAUACAUUGUUCGAGGAAAUCGCUGAGCAAACAAAUUUAUAUGCAUCACAGCAAUUACAAAAUAAAUCCUCGCAGCGCUUAUGCAAGUGGACAUUGACAAACAAAAAUGAAAUAAAAAAAUUUUUUGGAUUAAUUCUAUGGAUGGGGUUAGUUAGAUUACCAUCAUUACAUUUAUAUUGGUCCCAUGAUCCUGCAUAUAUACAAACAUUUCCGAAAAAAGUCAUGUCCAGAAACAGAUUUGAAUUAUUAUUGAGAAUGCUACAUUUUGCAGAUAACAAAAAGAAUGAUGGGUCUAGUCGUUUGUAUGAAAUACAACCACUUAUAGACACUUUGGGAAUAACUUUUAAAAAAUAUUUUAAUCCAACAGAGGACAUAUGUAUAAAUGAAGCAUUGAUUCCAUUUAAUAACUAUAUUAUAUUUGGACAAUAUUUAAAAAAAGAACACAACAUAUGUGGAAUUAAUAUAUUUAAAUUGUGUUGCGAACCUGGUUACACGUAUGCCUUUCUUGUAUACAUAGGAAAAAUUAUAAAAAAAAACAACACUAUGCCCCCUGAAAUCGUAAUGUCUCUUUGUAAAGAUUUAUUCGAUAAAGGACACACGCUGUAUACCAAUGACUUGUAUACGAGUGUAGAAUUGGCAGAAAGAUUAAUCGAUAAAAAUAUUCAUUUAGUGGGAACAUUAAAUUCAAAUCAAUGGAAUCUUCCGCAGCAAGUAAUAUCGAAAAAGUUAAAACCGUGGGAAUCUAUUGCAAACGAGAAUGAAAAAGGAAUAACUGUUUUAAAAUGGAAAGAUAAGCGGGAUAUCCUACUUCUGUCAACAAAGCACUCAUCACAAUUGGUGAAUGUUAAAAGACGAUUAGAACAAAAGUUGAAACCACAAAUUGUAGUUGAUUAUAACAGAGGAAAGGCAGCUGCUGAUUUAUCUGACCUAAUGAGAGCCUACUAUCCACUACGCAGAUCUUUAAAAUGGUAUAAAAAGCUAGCUUUUGAGUUCUUAUUAAAUAUUGCAGUUAUGAAUAGUAUCAUUUUAUACAAAAAUAUCACAAAGAAGAAUAUCACUAUUAAUGAAUUUCGGAAGCAAUUAGCCCUAUACCUCACAGGUUCCUCGAAUGGAGAUAUUCCCUCUAGCAGUAUUGCAACUACUAUUAAACAAAUACGACAUAAACUCGAAAAAAAGCCUGGAAAAGUCUCUAAAAUGAGAAAAUAUUGUAAAUUAUGCUAUGAAGAAAGUGCGGCAAAAUAUGGUAGAGAAAUUGCUAGAAAAACUACUAAACAAGUUGCCACAUUUUGCAAUACCUGCGAAGGACAACCGUUUUUAUGUUUACCGUGUUUCAAUAAAAUGCAUUAAAAUUUUUUUGAUAAGAAAUUUUUAAGUAUAUUAAUAUAAUAAUGUAAUAAUUAAUUUUUAUUACAAAUCUUGUAAUAAAAAAAAAUAUAAUUUGUGUAAUAAGUAGCACUUGACAUGCUAAGAUAUAUA